AUGGCUUCUCCUCGAGAUGCAUCACGUGAUGACACUGCCCUCCAUGAUGCCUGCAGGCUGGGAAAAUUCGACAAGGUGAGACAACUCCUGUUUGAGGGUCGAGUUGACAUCAACAGCAGGCACCGCGGGAGGACACCAGUUCUGAAGGCAGCCUACAAGGGCCACAGAGACGUGCUGGACCUCCUGGUCAGUAAAGGAUGUGACGUGUCACUGCCAGAUGACGACGGUAACAACAUCCUUCACGUGGCCUGUAUAGGUGGGCAUGUGAAGAUAGUGAAGCAUGUCAUUAAGAAGGACUUUGUGAGCAUCAACAGUAGAGGACAUUGCGGGAGAACACCAUUGAUGGUUGCAGCAAAGACUGGGCAUAAAGAGGUCUUUGAUCUCCUUCUGAGUAAAGGAUGCGCUGUGUCACUAGUGGAUGGUGACGGCAACAACAUCCUUCAUCUGGCUUGUAUUGGGCAGCAUAUGACGAUAGUGAAGGAUAUCCUCUCACACGACAUCAUCGACGUCAACAGUAGAGAACAGAGUGGACGGACGCCGCUGAUGUUGGCGGCAACAAAGGGACAUCACGAGGUGUUUGAUUUGCUUGUCAACAAAGGAGCCGUUAUGGCACUAGUGGAUGACGACGGAAACAACAUACUUCACCUUGCCUGUUUUGGAAGAAACGUGAAGAUUGUGAACUUCAUUGUCUCUGAGAACAUAGUGGACGUGAACAGCAGGGGAGAGCACGGGAGGACGCCCCUGAUGUUGGCGGCAAUGAGGGGACACAGAGAUGUCCUUGACCUUCUUGUGAGUGUAGGUGGCACUGUGGGGCUAUUGGAUCACCAUGGUAACAACAUCCUCCAUUUGGCCUGUAUCGGGGGCCUGUUAGAGAUGGUCAAGCAUGUCCUUUCACAUUACAUUGCGGACAUCAAAAGUAUGGGACAGAACGGGAUGACCCCAGCCAUGUUAGCUACGUGUUUCGAUCAUGAAGACGUGUACCACUUACUCGUGAACAGAGGAGCGAGAAAAUCUGUUUCAGAAGAUGACAUUUACACAACUAGAGAUGUGAAGUGUUGA